AUGUUUGAGAAGAACUUGCAGGACCUGGUCAAGGGCAUUCGCUCGACCAAAGGCGAUGUGACCAACUACGUCUCGCAGGCGAUGCAGGAGAUCAAGGCGGAGCUGCGCAGCACGGACCCGUUCGUCAAGGCGCAGGCCGUGCGCAAGCUCACGUACCUCCACAUGUUGGGCUACGACAUGUGCUGGGCGGCGUUUCACGUUGUGGAGGUUAUGAGUUAUGAGAGGUUCGCCCACAAACGCAUUGGCUACAAUGCCGCGUGCCAGAGCUUCACGCAGUCGACGGACGUAGUGCUGUUGUGCACAAACUUACUGAAGAAGGAGUUUGGCAGUCUGAACGAGUACGACGUGGGCCUGGCGAUCAACGUGCUGGCGAAUAUUGUCACCACGGACUUGGCGAGGGACUUGUUGGGGGAUGUCUUGGCCAUGAUGGGCUCUUCGAAGCCGUACGUGCGGAAGAAAGCGACCCUCGUGCUGUACAAGAUGUUCUUGCGCUACCCACAAGGGCUGCGGCUUUCGUUUGAUCGACUCAAGGAGCGGAUGGAAGAACCGGAUGUUACCGUUGUUUCGUGUGCCGUCAAUGUCAUUUGCGAGCUCGCGAACAAGAAGCCCAAGAACUACUUGGGACUCGCGCCCCAGUUUUUUCGACUGCUCACGACGUCGUCGAACAACUGGAUGCUGAUUAAAGUCGUCAAGUUGCUGGCUAGUUUGGUGCCCGAAGAGCCGCGGCUCGCGCGCAAACUCCUGGAUCCACUUGCAACAGUCAUUCAGAACACGCCGGCAAAGUCGUUGCUCUACGAGUGCAUCAGUACAGUUACGACGGCGCUCAUGUACACGAAAAGAAGUGACGGAUCGCAGCCGCGCAACGUGGCAGCAGUUGUUCGGCUCUGCAAUGACCACUUGCGCCGUUACAUUGAAGACUCGGAUCAAAACCUGCGCUACUUGGGUCUCGUUGGCCUGGGAAACUUGAUGAAGUCCCAUCCAUAUGUCGUCACGGAACACCAGGAACUCAUUGUUGAAUGCCUUGCUGUGGACGAUAUGACGAUCCGUAUGCGCGCGCUGGAGUUGUUGUCUGCCAUGGUGAAUCCGGACAAUGCAGCACCGAUUAUCCGUGAGCUUAUGCGCCAGACAUUGAGCGCAGACGGUGCUUAUCGCCACGAGCUCAUUACUCACAUCUUGCACGUUUGCUCCGUUGGCAAGUAUGCCAACAUCCAUGACUUCGACUGGUAUAUUCACGUGCUAGUGCAGCUUGCCCGCGUACCAGGGAACAACGCUGCUAUUGUUGAUGCGUCGCUGUCAUCGUCGUUGGCUCCGUCGUCUGGUAGCAUGCUUGGCUCUAUUAGUAGUUGUACGAAGGUGAAUGGGACACAUGACGAAAGGAAAAAGUGCUCGCACGGUGUAGAGGUAGCGCGCCAGCUUGUAGACAUUGCGGUUCGUGUGAAGAGUGUGCGCAGCAUCAUGGUGGACAAUAUGGUUCAGCUGCUAAUGGAAAAAGAGGCGCUCAGUGGCCCAGGAGUGGGCACGAUUCAAGAAGUGUAUUAUGCAGCGGCCUGGAUUACGGGUGAGUACAUUGUGGAGUUUUUGGAAGACGUGGGCGACGAUGACGAUGAAGAAGAAGAUGAGGACGAAGAGAGUGAGGAAGAGAAACUUCAGCGAUUGGAAGACCUUGUAGAUGAGAUGCUGCAACCUCGAAUGGCAAUGCUACCUGCCUACGUUCAGACUGUCUUUCUCCAGGCACUAUUGAAAAUCCUAAGUGCCAUGGCCGAACGUGCGAAUGAUGCCACAGUGGAGCGUGUUGCAACAGUUAUUGCGGGGCACUUGCCAGCUUUCGUAAGAAGCGAGCAUAUUGAGGUGCAAGAGCGCGCGGUGUGUUUGCAGCAGCUUCUGCUUGCACUAGGUAUGGGACUAGGUGCACUAACUGCACAAGAACGUACCGAACGCGCGUUUGAUGGCAGUGCAUCGGUCGAUUCAUGCAAGAGCCUGGAUGUGCUGAAGUCAUAUUUCGCUGAGCAGUUGGCUCCUGUUGGCAUCAAGGCGCAGCGAAAAGUGCCGAUACCAGAUGACUUGGACCUCGACGUGCCUUUGAGUACUUCGGAGGCCAAAUUUCUUGAAACGGGUGGUGAUGUGUCGGUAUUUCUGAAUGAAGAUGACCUCGAGGUCUCAUUCGUUAGCCAGGGUCACGCUGGUGUAGGCGGGGGCUACAGUGGCAUUGACGACGCAUCGUCCAAGCCAAAGUCUCGACGCAAACACAAACACAACCGUCAUCGUCGUCAUCAUAAUUCUUCGUCUUCUUCCGAGUCAGCAUCGGAAUCAGAGUCGGACGUUUCCCCUGAUGAGAAAGAAAAGAAGGAACGUAAAGGCGCGCGCGAGCAAGAGCGACAACGCAAGGAUCCUUUCUACCUCUCCGCCGGCUCGCAGGCUUCUUUGAAUGGUGAAGUGGACGUGGGUCUUGCAGAUAUGAUGUGUGCUUUGAGCUCCGGCACGAGCGGAAGAAAGAAGAAGGCAUCCAGGAAGUCAAAGUCCCGCGAUAUCUUUGAGGACGAUCUGAUGCCCGACGGCGCUCGUUCUAGCGAUGAAGACCGCUGGCGUGCACGAAAGAAGCGUGAUGCUUUGAAGGAUGAAGAGACGGAUCUAGCUGCGAUUGAUUUGAGCACCCCACUUGGUGAUGACGAGAAGAUUCCUACCAAGCAGUGGUAUCAUCGUCAGACACCGUCGUCUAAACAUGUGGACACCAAAAAGAAAUCUGGAAAGAAAAGUACGAAGCACAAAGUGUCUGUACGUGGGGAAGACAAGAGUACGACGAAAAAGGAGUCACUAUCCAAGCGCUCGAAAUCCAAGAAGUCGCCACGGAAAGAGGACGAGACGCUGGUACGAGACUUCAGCGAGGAGAAGCAGGAGUCAGGCGUAGUGGAGGAGUGCCGCCACCACCACCGUAGUAAGAAGAGCAGCAGCCGCAAGAAAAGUGGCUCUGGACAGAAAAGUGGCGACCGCGAGAAGAGCAAGAAGAGAAGGGACCGGCACGACAGUUCUGAGCGCCAGGAAGCACCGGUAGUAGAAGAAAUGCUUCUGCUGUUUUAG